AGGCUGUUGUAUUCUAUUCUUCACAGCCUCCAAAAAUAGCCGUCCCCGAGAAACUUUUCACGAGGGGAGUUUUCUCAGUGAGGUGCCCCAGAUUUCAGUGGGAGAUGAGUUGGCUGCUGCUUCUUCGCCUUUUUCUGGAAGCAAAACCCGUGAUUUACAUCACCAAGGCUAUGUAGCACCAAGCAAUAAUCUCUUUUGCUCGCGGGAGGCCAUGAGCAGUAACAACGAGGUGUUUGGCUUCCGCGUGUGAAUGAACACCUUGUUUUCCUGCUCGAAGUUCAAAGUAUUGCAAGAGAUCAGAGGUCUGGGAUCCAGGUGGUUGAGCUGGGUAAGCCUUUAACUUGGGUCGGGUCAGUUGCCUUUCUUUAUUGCUGGUGAUAUUACUGUACUCUGACAACAGGGCUACCCAUCUAAAACAAAGAGCAGUUAGCAGGUUCAAGGCUUACUUAAAUGCUUGUUUCCAUGUUAAUAAACCAGACAGGGUUCAUACUAAACCACAAGAUUGUAGAGUAACUUAGCCUGAAAGGGGCCCUUCCUCAAAGCAGCGGUGGCCUCAAAGUUGCACUAAAUUGCCUGGUGCAACUCAUCCAGACUGAAUUAGGAACUCCUCCAUAAAGAAGCACAUGCUAAAGACUCCUCUUUCCAAUCAACUGGCCUGUGUGCACAGCUGAAAGCCUCAAGAGGUACUUGGCAGGAUGAAGCCUGUCAUCGUGGUGCAUGGUGGAGCUGGCCGGAUCUUCAAAGAACGAGAAGAGGGAUGUUGUGCUGGUGUUGUCAGAGCUGCGUUGCGAGGUUACAGUGUCCUGAAGCAGGGAGGCAGUGCCGUAGAUGCAGUUGAGGAGGCAGUACGGUCAAUGGAAGAUGAUCCUCAUUUUAAUGCAGGUUGUGGAUCUGUUCUAAAUGAAAAAGGCGAAGUAGAAAUGGAUGCCAUUAUCAUGGAUGGAAAGAAUUUAGACUCUGGCGCAGUAUCUGCAGUUAAGUGCAUAGCAAACCCAAUAAAACUUGCUCGACUUGUUAUGGAAAAGACGAAGCAUAUGCUGCUGACUGACCAUGGUGCACACCUGUUUGCUAAGGCCAUGGGUAUUCCUGAGAUUCCAGGGGAGAAACUCAUAACUGAGAGAUCCUGGGAGAGAUGGAAGAAGAACCUUGAGCCAGAUUCCAACCCUGAAGAGUUUCAGAAAGACCUUGGAACAGUCGGUGCUGUUGCUAUAGACAGUGAAGGCAACGUAGCUUGUGCAACAUCCACGGGAGGACUCUCUAAUAAACUGAUUGGCCGUGUUGGUGACACAGCAUGCAUAGGAAGUGGAGGUUAUGCUGACAACCAUUCUGGUGCCACUUCAACCACAGGACAUGGGGAGAGCAUUAUGAAAGUGGUCUUAGCCCGACUGAUCCUCUAUCACAUGGAGCAAGGAAUGUCACCAGAGGUGGCAGCGGACACUGCAUUAGACUACAUGAAGACACGAGUUGGGGGCUUGGGGGGUGUCAUUGUUGUCAACAAGGCAGGAGAGUGGGCAGCAAGGUUUUCCACCAAACAAAUGUCCUGGGCUACUGUAAAGGAUGACAACCUGCAUUAUGGGAUUUAUGCUGGGGAGAAGCAUAUAAAAUCUGUUGAUGAAGCACUUGCAUCUGAAAGGGAGGGAUUCUGAGAAUGAAGAAAGUUGACUGAUGGAGAAGAAUGAAGAUCUCCAGUUUUUGCUGGAGGACAAUGACAGCUGAUUUUGUCUUUCUGAAAGAUCUUUUGAUUCACAGGCAUUACCACAUUUACAGUCAAAACAAAAUCUGGACAUAGUUCUUUAGUGGACAUGUAUGUAUGUAUGUGUAGUCUUUUAAUACCUUUGUGAAGUCAGAUCCUCCUUUCUUAGAUAAGAAAGAGAGUGGUCAGUAGGUUCCUUGGUUAGCAUGCCUUAAUUUUACAUUAAAGGGAGUCUGAAUUUCAGUAUUAGAGGAACUCCUUUUCACAUCCAUUCUCAGAGACUGCUGCCAGGAUGAUUUGAGAGAUAAUACCUAAUAAUAAAAAGCUGAAUUUUGAAAAUCCAGAGUCUUUUGAGAAGCCAUCUCAUAAUAACAGCUUGCUAACUGUCAGUGAAAUACCACCAAAGAGCAGCGAAGAGUUAAGACAUGUCACAGGCUUGAGGUAACUGUCACAGGAUAUAAUGAAGUAAAGAAAGUAACUUUCUCCAGAGAAGGGAAAGGUGAUGCUGAGGAGCUCUAAUUACAUUCAUUGACAUCAGACCAUAAACCACAACACAGUAGGCUACAGUAUUUCAAACUGUAUGUGGACAGUUAAAGGAAAGAUGCUAUUGAUGUAGUAUCUGAGGUAGUAAUAAAGAAGGUCAUGAUCUCAAUAAAAAAUAACAGCAAUCUUUACUAUUCAAAUCCAAAGGUGAUAGGCACCUUUCAAGUCAAAAUGUGAGAUAGAGGUGCUGAUUGCUGGAAAAAUAAUUAUCUGAAAGAGAUCAAAGCAAGUUGUACUAAAACAUAUAAAACUGCCUGUUAACAAGUUCCUUGUGUGAAGUCUGAAACAUUGUCUGCAGAGAUUUUCUUUUUAAAAUAAAUUGAUGUUCUACACUA